UCCGCUUGUUGCCAUUGGAAAAAUAAAGUGUGGCGAUUGAAAGAUCGAGUUUGGUCUUUUUUCAAUUUCGUUAUUUAUUUCAUCUAUUUUUUGCUUAUAGCUUUCUAGUUCUGUUGGGUUUUGUAUAACCUCUUUUAAUUUUAUUUUUCUCGCUAUGUCUGUGUCGUUUGUUGAGUCAGACUUUUGUAUUAGCGAGAUGUUGUAUUGCGGUAGAUACGCUUCUACUCGCGUUUCAUAUGAUGCCUUGAGUGAUUUUAUUAUAGCGUUUUCCGUCGCUAUUUUACAGCUAUUCCUAAACGUUAUUCUACCCGUUCUUUCAAUCUUUUCCUUUAUUUGUCCGUGGUCUUUACAGUGUAUAGUGAUUACUUGGCUUCUCGGUGUCGAGUAUAGCCACGAAUGUGAGUUAUCUAAUGCUAUCCAAAGACUAUUAUUCGAUAUAGUAUUUUUUAUUUUACAGUCUCUAUUGUUUUCUUUGAUUUCCGCGUAUAUUUUUACUUCGCAUAUGGAGUCUGCAUUUAUUCUAUACCGGAUGGUUUUGCGUACAUAAGUAUUCGCGAUUUAUUUUUACGCAUUUCUGUAGGUCGCUAUUCGCUAGUAUUAUGUACGUACGCUGUACUGUAUCUAUCGCUACGAGAGGAUGGUUUACUUCUAUAAAUGAGAAGAUGUUAGGUUUGUUAUUUCCAGCUGCACUGGUACUGCACUAGUUCUGAACUAGAACUGGCAAACAUGGCAGAAAUUUCAUGAGUGCAAGAACUCGGAUAGGAGUGGAAAGAACGUUAUAGUGCAAGAAUCAAUAUGGAGCAAUACGUGGUUUUUGACGCUUCCUCAGAUGAAGAAGAUUUUAUUCUUCCUCCAGCACCAUUAUAUGAACAACCUGUCAGGGACGAAGAAAAUGAUAUUUAUGACGAGUUACAAAUACUACAUCCAGUUUUUGGACGACUUCAAAGGAUACAGCAUGUAAAAAUAUUGAAUUAUGUAAAAAAUAUUGUUAACAAUUAUGACAAUAUUGAUUUUAUUAUGCACUUUCGUUUGUCAAGGGAAAAAACAUACGAAUUAAUAAAUAAAUUUAGAAUAUCUGAAAUAUUUAUUUCUUUGCAAGAUGAUGCUGGGCGAUCUAAUAUAACAGCAGAGAAACAUAUAUUGUGUUUCCUAUGGUUCGUAGGUCAUGAAAGUGCUUCUUAUCGCGAUGUAGCUGACCGAUUUGGAAUAACAAUAAGUACUUUGUACCACAUAAUAAUUAGAGUAACAGAUUUUAUAAUGUUACUAGCACCAAAUGUUAUUAAAUACCCAACUUUAGCAGAAAAAGAAGAAACUGCAACAUUUUAUAGAGAAAGAAAAGGAUUUCCUGGUAUAAUCGGUGCUAUUGAUGGUUCGCAUAUUAGAAUUGAUAAACCAAUAGAAGAUCCAGAAUCAUACGUCAACCGAAAACAAUAUUUUUCUUUGCAUAUUCAAGGAACAGUGAAUCAUAAAAUGCAGUUUAUUGAUGUUUUCAUAGGAUAUCCUGGUUCUGUUCACGAUGCACGAGUUUUUAAGAAUUCACCAUUGCGUAACAAUCUACGUGAAUUGUGUGCAGAUAACUAUAUUUUGCUUGGAGAUAGCGCAUAUCCAUGUUUGAAAGAAUUAAUUGUACCGUACAGAGACAAUGGACAUUUGUCACGUGCACAAAGAAUUUUUAAUCAAAAACUAAGUUCCUGUAGGGUAAUUAUUGAAAAUGCUUUUGGAUGUCUAAAACAACGUUUUCGACAACUAUAUCAUUUUAAAUUACGUGAUAUAGUACGCAUGGUACGUGUAAUACAUGCGUGUUGCGUACUUCAUAAUAUGACAAGUUUAGAAGAUUUACAAUAUCUUGAAGAACCUAUAAAUGAUCAGUAUCCUGAUAUGGGAGCACAAAACUUAUAUAUUAAUAUUGAUGAAACAGUACGAGACCAUGAUACUGGAGUACAUAUCCGAAAUGAAUUAUGUCAUUUAUUAUCAAUAAAUAAUAAUGAAUAAAAUUAAAGAAAAGCAAU